GUGACUGGUGCGAGGGAUCAGACAAUCAAGGUUUGGGCGUUGAAGUCAGGGCGCCUGCUUGCGACGUUCUAUGGGCAUCGCGGGAGCGUCUUAUGUUUGAAGUUUGAUAAGGAUUGGGACGUGGUGAAGAACAGGAAUGAGCAGCCGAAGAAGGGGUUCAUGGUCAGCGGGAGUAGUGAUCGCACAGUCUGCGUAUGGGAUAUGUGGGCAGGGCCGAAGGGCGAGGUUACCGCAGAAGUCAGGACGGUCUUGAGAGGACACAUGGGUGGGGUCCUAGAUUUGAGGAUUGACGAGCAGUGGAUUGUGAGCUGUUCCAAGGAUGCCGUCAUCAGAGUAUGGGACAGAACGACGUUGGAGCUGCAUCGCACCAUGAGUGGACAUGAAGGUCCGGUAAAUGCUGUUGGGCUUCAAAACGGCAAGGUCGUCAGCGCAAGUGGAGACGGUAAGAUGAUGCUCUGGGACAUCCAGAGCGGAGAACGGCUGCGGACGUUCGAGGGCCAUGAUCGCGGCCUGGCUUGCAUCGAGUUCAAGAACGAUCUAAUCGUGUCUGGUUCGAACGAUUGCAAGAUCAAGAUAUGGUCAGCGUCAACGGGCGAGUGUUUGAAGACCCUUGUCGGGCAUGAUGCCCUCGUGCGGGCCUUGGCGUUCGAUCCUGCAAGCGGACGCCUCGUCAGCGCGAGCUAUGAUCGUACGGUGAAGGUGUGGGACCUGCGCACUGGACGCAUGGUGCGGCAGUUCAAGCAAAACCACGUCAGCCACAUCUUCGACGUCAAGUUCGAUGUGUGUAGGAUCGUCACUACAUCGCACGAUCAGAAAAUUGUUGUUCUCGAUUUCUCGCAGGAUCUCGACACAGCACUCUUCGUCUAG